AUCCGCCACUCCCUGCUCCGCAGGGACGCCCUCAGCGCCGCCAAAGAAGUGCUGUAUCACCUGGACAUCUACUUCAGCAGCCAGCUGCAGAGUGCCCCGCUCCCCAUCGUAGACAAAGGUCCCAUCGAGUUGCUGGAAGAGUUUAUAUUUCAGGUCCCAAAGGAGCGCAAUUCCCAGCCUAAGAGGCUGAAUUCACUUCAAGAGCUUCAGCUCCUUGAAAUCAUGUGCAAUUAUUUCCAAGAGCAGACAAAGGAUUCCGUUCGGCAGAUCAUUUUCUCAUCUCUCUUCAGCCCUCAAGGAAACAAAGCGGAUGACAACAGGAUGACCUUAUUAGGAAAACUGGUUUCCAUGGCAGUAGCGGUGUGUAGAAUUCCCGUUCUGGAAUGUGCUGCAUCCUGGCUUCAGCGGACACCUGCAGUAUACUGCGUGAGGCUAGCCCGGGCCUUAGUUGAGGACUACUGUAAUUUGGUGCCAGGUUCCAUUCAAACGCUGAAACAAAUAUUCAAUGUCAGUCCUCGCUUCUGCUGCCAGUUUAUAACAUCAGUCACAGCCCUCUAUGACCUUUCUUCAGAUGACCUCAUCCCCCCUUCAGAACUGCUUGAGAUGAUAGUCUCCUGGAUCUUUGAGGACCCCCGUUUGAUACUCAUCACCUUCUUAAACACUCCUAUUGCAGCCAACUUACCAAUAGGAUUUUUAGAGCUCACCCCACUCACUGGACUGAUCCGCUGGUGUGUGAAGGCCCCCUUAGCUUACAAGAGGAAAAAGAAGGCUUCUGUCUCAAAUGGUCACCUCGCCAGUAAAGCUGCCAAGGAGUUAGCCACAGGAGAUGAUAGAGACUGUCACCAGCUGUAUUCCAAACUGCAUCUAAGUGUCUUACAAGUUCUCAUGAUGCUUCAGGUGCACUUAACAGAGAAAAACCUUUAUGGCCGUCUGGGGCUAGUGCCCUUUGACCAUGUGGUUCCACUUGUGGAGGAAAUAAACAGACUGUCUGAUGAACUCAAUCCACUCAAUGCCUCCAAAGAGAUUGAACUGGCUCUGGACAGGUUGGCUCAGGCUUUGCAGGUGGCCAUGGCAUCAGGGGCUUUGCUAUGCACUAGAGACGAUUUGAGAACUGUGUGCUCUAGGCUACCACACAACAAGGAUUUGGAAGCCAGCGAGAAGUCCUGUAGAGCUUCACAGAGCACCUGUGCUUUGAAGAGGUGCCUGCUCCAGCUGGUAAUCUCAGGUCCAGUACAACAGCCAACUCAUGGGGCUCUGCCACCAGGAUUUUAUCCUCACAUCCACACUCCUCCAUUGGGCUAUCCUGCUCAUGCAGCACACCCUGCAUUGCCUGCACACCCAGCGCUUCCUGCCCAUCCUGUACAGACGUUCAUACCUGGAAUGACAUUUCCAUACAGGCCCAUUCGCUAAAGAAUCUCACUUAAACUAUAACAUGGACCCAUUUUUCCUUGACUGGGGAAGCCUUACAGAGGAAGCCAAAUGUUUUAGGAACUAUAUUUUUCUUCUUUUUAAUUUAGUGCAGUUUGAUUAUCUAGAAGAUGUUUUUCUACAGGAAUAAAAGCAAGGCAGAGUGGUAGGCAGCACUUAUCUUAAACAAAGGCAGUUUCUUUAUUAACCCAUGUUAAUUGGAUGAAAGAAAAAAAAUGAGUCCCCUAGAAUAUAUGGGAUUUUUAAAUGCUGAUUUAACUUCCUUUUUAAUGAACAAUACCACUAUAUUCCUUAGUCUGGUACUUGAGUAGCACGCACGUCUGACUGGUGAGACCAGCACCUCUUGUUUUGUUUUUUUUUUUGAGAGGGCCAAAAAGAAAAUAAUUCAUAUGCUAUUUAUCUUUGUAAAUCUUUGUAUCUAUACCUACAGAGGGGUGUGUACACUGUAUAUUUUUGAAAUUACAGCUGUCUGCUUCAGAAGCACAAGAUAGAAAAAAAAUUUGCGCUUCCUGUCACAGGGAAACAUUAAAGAGAAAAUUGUAAAAUGAA